UAAGGUCAUACAAAUGCCAAAAACAUGAUUUUCUAGAAGUGUGGUUGCGUCGUAGUAUGAUACAACCGUGGCAUCAUAUCAUUGCGCUAAUUUUUGAUGGAUAUUACUAGGAAAGUGCCAGAUUCGGUUGACCUUUGGUCUGUAUUUGUAGUGGUUUGCAGCUUUUUAUUUUGUAGUAUCUAUCAGUAAAUGUGGUAGCUAAGGUACUUGCUGGCAUAUUUUAAUGCCCCAUGCCCUAUUAGGAGUUUUUCCCAAUUAGGAGUCCGAGGGGAAAAACAUUCACGGUCCAUGCCAGCAGACAAAAAGCUGCUUGAUCGAGGACCAUGUCAGACCUAGAGAAGCCCCUCCGGCCAAGAAGGAAGAAGAUUUGGGUGGACUACUUUGUCCAGUUUCGCUGGAUCAUCGUCAUCUUUGUGGUCCUACCCCUUUCGUUCGCUUUCUACUUCCUCCACUAUCUUGGUGACAUGAGAUCUGAGAGAAAGUCCUUCGAGCGCCGGCAAAAGGCACAUGAUGAGAAUGUUAAGAAGGUUGUUAACCGUCUAAAACAAAGAAACCCUUCAAAGGAUGGCCUUGUUUGCACGGCUAGAAAACCUUGGAUUGCUGUGGGAAUGAGAAAUGUUGAUUACAAGCACGCUAGACACUUUGAAGUCGACCUCUCAGAGUUCAGGAACAUUCUCGAGAUAGAUAAAGAAAGAAUGGUGGCAAGAGUCGAACCCUUGGUCGAUAUGGGCCAAAUUAGUAGGGUUACAGUGCCCAUGAAUCUUUCUCUAGCUGUAGUCGCAGAGCUCGACGAUCUCACUGUUGGGGGUCUCAUAAAUGGCUAUGGAAUUGAAGGAAGCUCCCACCUCUAUGGCCUUUUCUCCGAUACUGUUGUUGCCCUUGAACUGGUACUUGCUGAUGGGCGAUUGAUCAGGGCCACAAAGGAUAAUGAAUACUCUGAUCUCUUCUAUGCUGUCCCAUGGUCACAGGGCACAUUGGGACUUCUUGUUGCCGCUGAAAUCAAGCUUAUUCACGUUAAAGAGUACAUGAAGCUCACUUAUACCCCAGUUGUUGGAAAUUUGAAGGACAUUGCGCAAGCUUAUAUGGAUUCUUUUGCUCCAAGAGAUGGUGACCAAGAUAACCAUGCAAAGGUCCCGGACUUCGUUGAAACCAUGAUCUAUACACCCACUGAAGCAGUUUGUAUGGCUGGAAGAUAUGCUUCAAAGGAAGAAGCCGAGAAGAAAGGGAAUGUGAUCAACAGUGUGGGGUGGUGGUUUAAGCCGUGGUUUUAUCAGCAUGCUGAGACUGCACUUAACAGGGGCGAGUUUGUGGAGUAUAUUCCUACCAGGGAGUAUUAUCACAGGCAUACCAGGUGCUUAUAUUGGGAGGGCAAGUUGAUUCUUCCAUUCGCCGAUCAAUGGUGGUUCAGGUGGACUCUAGGUUGGUUGAUGCCCCCAAAGGUUUCAUUCCUUAAGGCUACUCAGGGUGAAGCUAUCAGGAACUAUUAUCAUGAGAUGCAUGUGAUCCAAGAUAUGCUGGUUCCUCUCUACAAAGUCGGGGAUGCUCUUGAGUUCGUUCAUAAAGAGAUGGAGUUGUACCCGAUCUGGCUGUGCCCUCACCGUCUCUACAAGCUCCCAAUCAAGACGAUGGUAAAUCCAGAGCCCGGGUUCGAGCAUGCACACAGGCAAGGAGAUACAGACUAUGCUCAAAUGUACACCGAUGUAGGUGUUUAUUAUGCUCCAGGGCCUGUAUUGAGAGGUGAAAAAUUCGAUGGGGUUGCAGCAGUUCGCAAUAUGGAGGACUGGUUAAUUGAGAACCAUGGUUUCCAACCCCAAUAUGCGGUUUCAGAGCUGAGUGAGAGGAACUUUUGGCGCAUGUUUGAUGCUUCUCUCUAUGAGCAUUGCAGGAGGAAGUAUGGGGCUGUUGGGACCUUCAUGAGUUUAUAUUACAAGUCGAAGAAGGGGAGGAAGACAGAGAAAGAGGUGCGAGAAGCCGAACAACAACACCUUGAAGGACCUUAUGUGGAGAUCGAGCAGCCAGCAGAGUGAGAAAACUUUCAGGUAUGUAGUGAGAGAGUCCUUGUGAGAUGAGUUUUGGUAGAGUUUGUGAAGGCAAAAGAUCGAUCACUGACGGCUUAUGCUUCGGUUUCUCUAUGUUCCUUUUCUAUUUGAAUCUUGGAUGCUCGUAUUGGUCUUGUUUGUUUUGGGUGCUGUGUUUUUAGAUAUCGAACUUCUUCGAGGAAGAAAACAGAUAAUCUGAGUCUCACAGGGUUUAACAGUUACCAGUCCUUCUGUGACUGAAGCCUCUGAUAUCAUGAACUGUAGAAAGGAAGAGAGAGGUUGCUGCAAAAUAUUUAUAAAUUGUGAUAGAAGGAAAGUAAUUCAAAAUAUUGGAGAGAGAGUUUCAAAACAUUGAAGAGUAUCUUUUGUGUAUGUGUAAAACUGAUAAAAUAUUCUUAAAAAGCUUCUUUACAGUCUG